AAAUGGGGCAAGAACUGACUGACUCUUUGAAAAGUUGCCUUUUCAAGCAACUUUCACCAUGUUCUUUGUGAUGGUUUUACUUUUGGCUUUCUGCUUUCUUUGCAUUUAAUUUUCUUGUAGCUUGGGAUAAAGAUUUGUUCAAUCAAUGGCGACCUUGUAAACAAUUAUGGAGAUUUGUCUCACUUGGGACAACUUGGAUGAAUGUAGAGAAUAUUACGAACUGUGAAGACUCAUGGACGAAGAAGCCCAGGAGAGGAAAGAACAGGAGUCAGGCAUGGCUGUUUCUCAGGCACAGUUGACCUUCAAGGAUCUGUUCAUAGAUUUCACUCCCAAGGAGUGGGAAUGCCUGGACCCUGCCCAGAGGACCUUGUACAAGGACGUGAUGGUGGAGACCCUCAGGAACCUGCUGUCUGUAGAUAUGUCUCAUAUAGAUAAGAUCAAGAAAUUACGGGCAAAAGUAAACAGUGGUAAAGGGGAGAUUUUUCAAAGAGUGAUAUUUGGAAGAGCUGAACGUCUUGAAAUUAAAGAUUUUCACCUGAGGGACAUCCAGGAAAAUGUACAUGACUUUGAUUGUCUGUGGACAGAUGAUGAAAGAAAUGACAAAGGAAUGUCUACAUCCCAUAACAAAAACCUCACUGAUGGAAGACCACAUCCUAGUAGAAGUGAUGUAGGAAAGAGACCUUUUGAGAGGCACGGAUCAAGCUUUCAGAAUAAACUGCAGGUGGUACAAUCUGAAGGGAUAAUUUCUGAAUGUAGUCAGGUUGUGACAGAUGUCAGGGCCACAGGUUUACCACCUCAGAGAACUCGUAAUGUCUGCAAAGGCUUUUCUCAUAAACAUGAGGAUGCUGUUAUGCAUCCUUCAGAACUGUUACCAGACCAUGAAACACAAAAGAAAAGACCUUACAAAUGUAAUGAGUGUGACAUAACCUUUCUUCAGGACUCAGAACUCACUGGACAUCAAAGAAUCCAUAUAGGAGGAAAACCAUAUAAAUGUGACAUGUGUGGCAAGGCUUUUAAUCAAACUACAAAACUUGCAAUUCAUUGGAGAAUUCAUACUGGAGAGAAACCAUAUAAAUGUGAUGUGUGUGGCAAGGCGUUUGCUCAUACUGGACAUCUUGCUGUUCAUCAGAGAGUUCAUACUGGAGAGAAACCAUAUAAAUGUGAUGUAUGUGGCAAAGGCUUUAGUGAAACUUCAAGCCUUGCAGUUCAUCGGAGAGUUCAUACUGGAGAGAAGCCAUGUAAAUGUCAUGUAUGUGGCAAGUCCUUUAGUUCAAAUUCAAGCCUUGUAGUUCAUUGGAGAAUUCAUACUGGAGAGAAACCAUAUAAAUGUGAUGUAUGUGGCAAGGCCUUUAAUCAGUCUACACAUUUUGCAGUUCAUCGGAGAAUUCAUACUGGAGAGAAACCAUAUAAAUGUGAUGUAUGUGGCAAAGGCUUUAGUGAAACUUCAAGCCUUGCAGUUCAUCGGAGAGUUCAUACUGGAGAGAAGCCAUAUAAAUGUCAUGUGUGUGGCAAGUCCUUUAGUUCAAAUUCAAGCCUUGCAGUUCAUCGGAGAAUUCAUACUGGAGAGAAACCACAUAAAUGUGAUGUAUGUGGCAAAGGUUUUAGUAUAACUUCAAGCCUUGCAGUUCAUCGGAGAAUUCAUACUGGAGAGAAGCCAUAUAAAUGUGAUGUGUGUGGCAAGGCGUUUACUCGUACUGGACAUCUUGCUGACCAUCAGAGAGUUCAUACUGGAGAGAAACCAUAUAAAUGUGAUGUAUGUGGCAAAGGCUUUAGUAUAAGUUCAAGCCUUGCAGUUCAUCGGAGAGUUCAUACUGGAGAGAAGCCAUAUAAAUGUGAUGUGUGUGGCAAGGCGUUUACUCGUACUGGACAUCUUGCUGUUCAUCAGAGAGUUCAUACUGGAGAGAAACCAUAUAAAUGUGAUGUAUGUGGCAAAGGCUUUAGUGAAACUUCAAGGCUUGCAGUUCAUCAGAAAAUUCAUACUGGAGAGAAACCAUAUAAAUGUGAUGUGUGUGAUCACUGGUUUCACCAAAGUACACACCUUGAAAAUCAUCAGAGAAUUCAUACCGGAGUGAAGCCAUAUAAAUGUGAUGUUUCGGGAAAGGACUUUAGUCAAACUGCAAGCCUUGCACUUCAUCAGAGAAUUCAUUCUGGAGAGAAGCCAUACAAAUGCAAUGUAUGUGACAAGGCGUUUCGUCAUACUGGAAGUCUUACUGUUCAUCAGAGACUUCAUACUGGAGUGAAACCAUAUAAAUGUGAUGUGUGUGGCAGGACUUUUAGAGUAAAUUCACACCUUGCUGUUCAUUUGAGAGUACAUACUGGAGAGAAACAAUAUAAAUGUGAUGUAUGUGGCAAGGCCUUUAAUGAAGCUGCAAAGCUUGCAGUUCAUUGGAGAUUCCAUAUGGGAGAGAAACCAUAUAAAUGUGAUAUAUGUGGCAGAGCCUUUAGUCAAACUGCAAAUCUUGCAGUUCAUCGGAGAAUUCAUACUGGAGAGACACCAUAUAAAUGUGAUGUGUGUGGCAAGGCGUUUGCUCUUACUGGACAUCUUGCUGUUCAUCAGAGAGUUCAUACUGGAGAGAAACCAUAUAAAUGUGAUGUAUGUGGCAAAGGCUUUAGUGAAACUUCAAGCCUUGCAGUUCAUCGGAGAGUUCAUACUGGAGAGAAGCCAUGUAAAUGUCAUGUAUGUGGCAAGUCCUUUAGUUCAAAUUCAAGCCUUGUAGUUCAUUGGAGAAUUCAUACUGGAGAGAAACCAUAUAAAUGUGAUGUAUGUGGCAAGGCCUUUAAUCAGUCUACACAUUUUGCAGUUCAUCGGAGAAUUCAUACUGGAGAGAGACCAUAUAAAUGUGAUGUAUGUGGCAAAGGCUUUAUUGAAACUUCAAGGCUUGCAAUUCAUCGGAGAAUUCAUACUGGAGAGAAGCCAUAUAAAUGUGAUGUGUGUGGCAAGUCCUUUAGUUCAAAUUCAAGCCUUGCAGUUCAUCGGAGAAUUCAUACUGGAGAGAAACCACAUAAAUGUGAUGUAUGUGGCAAAGGCUUUAGUAUAACUUCAAGCCUUGCAGUUCAUCGGAGAAUUCAUACUGGAGAGAAGCCAUAUAAAUGUGAUGUGUGUGGCAAGGUGUUUACUCGUACUGGACAUCUUGCUGACCAUCAGAGAGUUCAUACUGGAGAGAAACCAUAUAAAUGCUCUGUAUGUGGCAAAGGCUUUAGUAUAACUUCAAGCCUUGCAGCUCAUCGGAGAAUUCAUACUGGAGAGAAGCCAUAUAAAUGUGAUGUGUGUGGCAAGGCGUUUACUCGUACUGGACAUCUUGCUGUUCAUCAGAGAGUUCAUACUGGAGAGAAAUCUUAAAAAUGUGAUGUGUGGCGGCAAGGACUUUAAUCAGACUGCAAAACUUGUUCUUCAUCGGAGAAUUCAUACUGGAGAGAAAGCAUAUAUAUGUGAUGUAUGUGGCAAGGCGUUUGUUUGUACUGUUAACCUUGGUAUUCAUCAGAGAGUUCAUACGGGAGAGAAACCAGAUAAAUGAGGUAUAUGUGGCAGGGCUUUCAGUGUGAAUGCAAACUUCGCAGUUCAUCAGAAUUCAUACUGGAGAGAACCUUAGAAAUAUAAGAAUUGUGACAAACCAUUUAGGCACAGUCAUCCAUAACAUCAUCAGGCAGUUCAGACAGGAGAGAAACCAUAUGAUAUAUAUGGCCGGUGCUUUACUUGAAAUGACGAACUUAGAAUCCAUCGGAGAAUUCAUACUAAAGAGAAACAUUAGAAAUGUGACAGUUGUGAGAAACAUUUUAUUUAAAAAAAUUUUUUUUGUUAGUAUAUAUUACUACAGUUUAUUAAAUAAUGACACAAGAUUUAUGCCACAUUUUCCAACAGUGUUUAAAUAAAGAGUUCAAAAUAUAAAGGCUUAUGAAAACUUUUAUAGCCUUUAUAUAACAAUAAACACUAUUUCUGGUGUAUGAAUAAAUACAGAAAACAGAAGCCAUUCUUUAUAUCACAAUCAGCCAAACUUAGCCAUCAAUGAUUACACAAAUCCACAAGCAAACAAAAAAAAAAAAAAUCCACUUUCUUCAUUUGGGUUAUGAAAGUUAAAAAUCCCUUUGCUACAUUUAACAAUACCUAAGGGAAUGGAGGGAGGGAACUUAUACUCACAGCCUGGAGACAAGGGGACCAAAUCUCCCAGUCCUUCAAGUUCUUCCUUGGUUAGAAGCUUCAACAACUGCAUAACUCUUUCAGGGAAGAGAAAAAAAAAAAAACAGGUUAAGACUCGGUUCUAUAAGGUAUUUAUAAUAAGUCUGCACUGAAGAAAUACAACAUUUUUGUCUUAAAAAUGUGCUUACCUUUUACAUAGAGGUUUGGUUUUCUUUUCAUCCUGGUAUGAACAUGAACAUAUUGGAAUAAACUGAUAGAAUGAGUAGUGCAUGACAUUCAAUCUUUUCACAGUCUUCAAAAUGAACUCACUUCUACUGUUUUAGGAAUUAUCUGUACACUUAUAAUGUUUUCUACAUUAAGGGAAAAAACCAAAGAGUGGCUCAUAAAAAGUCAUCCUUUAAACUCAAGGAACCCAAAAGUGAAAGCCUUUCUAUAUAAAGCCCUUACAUCAAUGGAAUGUUCUGGUAAGAAGAGAAGUCUCCUCUCUAAAUAUAUGGUUUAGUACAAGGGACGAGGCCUGAAGAAGUUCAACUCCCUAUUAUCACACCCAGAGCUGGUCAGUGAGAACUAGACUUCCAUCUGAAUCUUGAAGUGAUCAACACCUACUUGCCCCUCCGACCUCUUCCUUUCCUGUCUUAGCUCUUCCUUUUGGAACAGAAAUCCUGCUUCACAAAAUCUUGUUUUCAGAGUCAGCAUUAAUAUAGAAGGCAAGGUGAGAGAGGCCGGGAGAAAAACUGCCCAAUCCCCAAGAAAAAUCUGCAUGCCUUCUAUUCUGCUUCGAAGAAGGAAGCAGUCCAGGGGCUGGAUGGACUAGGAACCUGCAUAUACCACAAAGAUGCCUGUCCUGGAGCCCCAGUAAGUACGUAUUUACUGUUACUCUGUGAGAAACAUUUUAGUGCAAAUGUCAUGAGUGGUACAAAGCCUUUAAUCAGUGUUCAGGCCUUAUAAUUCAGAGUUCAUAUUGUAUAGAAAACACAAGUGAAAUGAAUGUGGCAGAGUUUCUAGUGCAUGUUCAGCAUGAACUGCCCAUUAGGCAUUUCAUAGAGGAGAGGAACCACAUACAUGUUAUUUAUGUGGCAAACCCUUCAGUCACAAGGAAUGACGUUGCAGAUCAUCUGAGAAUCGAUACUGCAGUGAAAACUUACACAUGUAGAGAAUGCAGUAAAAUACAUCAACUUUUUGACCCUCAGAAAAUUCAACCUGAAGGAAAACUACACAAAUGUGUUAAGUGUGGGAAAGCUUUGAUUCUGUGUUCAGCCCUAAGUCACCAUCAGUAAAUUUUUUUUUUUUUUUUUUUACAAUAUUGUGAUGGUUUUUGCUGUACAUCUUGAAUAGGCCAUAGGCGUACAUACAUCCCUUCCUUCCUGAACCCACCUCUCUUGUCACUGUAUCCCUCCAGAUUGUCACAGAGCACUUGCUCACACAUUAAACUCCCACUGGCUCUUUUACAUAUGGUAAUAUAUAUAUUUCAGUGCUAAUCUCUUAAAUACUGCCAUCCUAUUUCUUUUGUAUAUUUCAAUAGUUUUUCCUUAGUGUUACUUUUUCUAUCCACAUGUUAUGACCCAGAUCUAACUUAAUUUACAUUUCUUUCCUGCCUUCCACUAACAAAUACAUAAGUCUGUGGGUUAUUUUUAGAUUUUUGUAACAUUAUAAUGCACGUAGACAAUGACAAGGAACAUAGUAGGUGCCCUGUAAAUGUAAAGAAAGACAGUUCCUUUAAGACUUGAGUUCAGUUAGAUAGUACACAUAGAAAUGUUUAUCAAUAGUGCCACGUUGAUAAUUUUCGUGAAAACAAAUUCUAGUGUCUUAAGACUUUAUAUUUGACAAUGUGCUUUGUUGUCCACAAGUGACAGAUCUUUCAGAAACAGACAACAAAGACAUGAGAGAAAAUAUAUUCCAAUUUUUCAACAAGAAGUAAAUUGCCUAAUCACCAUCAAGUGAUCAUAUAGAAAUUUGACAUUCCAUUACAUUGAAGUAUUG